GUUCAUCCCGAGGCCUAGACCAACGUAACGUACUACGCAGCCCGGCUCACCGGCCUAUCACCGGAUUGUUGCGACAUAAGUAAUUGCCGGUUCUAUUGUGAUAAGCAGUAAUUUAUUAUUCAUUAUUGGACUAUGUUUGCUGCAAGACGUGCCUUCGUAACAGGGGCUCUGAGCGCCAAGAAUGUAGCCAGGCAAAAGCACACUCUGCCUGAGUUGCCCUACGACUACAGGGCACUGGAACCAGUCAUCUGUGCAGAAAUUAUGGAGCUUCAUCACAGUAAACAUCAUGCAACGUAUGUAAACAAUUUGAACAUUGCUGAGGAAAAAUUGAAGGAAGCUGUGAGUAAGGGUGACGUCAAUACCGAGAUUGCAUUGGCACCUGCGAUUAAGUUCAAUGGCGGUGGACAUUUGAAUCAUUCCAUCUUUUGGAACAAUUUGUCGCCCAAUGGUGGGAAACCAGAUGGUGCUCUCCUCAAGCAAAUUGAAAAGGAUUUCUCCAGUCUGGAAGAACUGAAGAAACGACUUUCGGAGGCCACUGUCGCCGUUCAAGGUUCUGGCUGGGGCUGGCUUGGGUACAACGCUAAAGAUAAAAGGUUGCAGAUUGCAGCCUGCGCUAAUCAAGAUCCUCUGCAUGCCACAACAGGACUUGUGCCACUGUUUGGUAUCGAUGUUUGGGAACACGCAUAUUAUCUCCAGUACAAGAAUGUCAGACCAGAGUAUGUCAAGGCGAUAUGGGACAUUGCAAAUUGGAAUGAUAUCAAUGACCGCUUCAAGAAAGCAGCUGGAUGUUAGACGUACUGCCCCAAGCAUUUAUAGUUUCUAGAAAGUCACUAGAGACUCAAGACGAUUGAGUACUGUCUUUGAAAUUAAAUAUCAUUAUCUCACUUUAUUACACAAUCGAAAUACUCCGGAUAUUUUAUUCAGUGUAAAUUACUUUAUACAUAAAAUUAUAUUCUAUUCAAAAAUUAA